AUGCAGCUUCCGCAGUCAGGCUCCCUGCAUGAUGGGCGCGCCAUCGUAGAUGGAGGCAUCCGGGCAUGGGGUUCACAGGCCGGCACAAGUGCAGACGCUCGGCAGAAUGUGGAGUUGCUUUCCAGCCGGUUCUCCAAUCUAUUUUCCCAGCUGGCCAGAGAGGAGGCUGCAUUGAAAGCUGCGCAAUCGAACAACGAGAGCUUGGAGCAGCAGCUCCAGGACUUUCGCCGCCAGGAUCCUCGGGGAAAGCUCAGCCAGGCCGGGAGCUACUUCGACGGAGAGGUGGCCGAACUCCGGGCUGAAGCUCAGGCUGCCGAGCAUCGUGCGGCACUGCAGGGCGGUGAGGCAGGUGCCUUGGCAGCGGCGCAGGCAACCUACCAUCGCCAGUGCGCUCGCCUCCAGGAGAGAUGCCAGGCGGAAGCCGCUCAAGAGCGCAGUGCCAUGGAGACAUUCCGCCAGAGCGCCUCAGAGCUGGCCCACUUGAAGUCGGAUUGCUCUCAGCUGACUGCCCAGCUUGAUGCUGCGGAGGCCCAGCGGCACAGCCUCCACAGAGAUCUGCAGCUGGCCAAGGAAGGUGAGAAGCAGAUGUCCGAAAAGACCAUCGAGCUACGGCAAAAGCUGGCAGAUGGAAAGCCUUGGUUGCGAAUUGGCAUGUUCGUGGAUGUGCUUUCUGGGCCGAAGACCUGGCGGAAGUGUCGAGUGCUCCAUGUUUCGCCAGAUGGAGUUGUCUGCAUCAUACGCUACACCGACUCCCCGAAUGUGGAGCGGAACGUCGUGGUCAGGGACAGAAUAAGAGCCACCCCGGAGACCUUUGCAUUGUACAAUUCCACGAGGCUGGAUGAUGCUUCGAUGGCUCCCGGCAGCCCUGUAACGGGGGUCAUCACAAACCUGAAACGGUAUGGUGCUUUCGUGGACAUCAGCUCGGAGAACGAAGCUGUCCUGGGAUUCACUGAAGCGAAUCUAGGUGAUCUCCAUGUCGGGCAAGAGGUGGAAUGCGAAAUUGCCACGAAACGAAGGGGCAGAUGGCAGCUGGUACCAAAAGGAACCUUUGGCCGGGAGGAGGUGGCCUUGCAUCGAUUCCACGCGCAGGGGCGAAAGGCAGGGUGGCUCUCAGGCCGCGUCGUGGAUGCCGAAAGGUAUUGUCUUUAUGUGGAUGUUGAAGCCCCAGGCCUUCCUCACACAGUGCGGGGCGAAGUCUAUGCUGACCAGAUCAGAGACGGCUACGUGGGUGAUGCCCGGUUGGAGCAGAGGGUUGGCGAUGAAGUUCGGGUGCGAGUCUUGGAGGUGGACGUGCCAUGCCAGCGCCUGUUGCUCUCCAUGCGUGACGACUUCUCGAGUUGCUGGAAGGUCGACAAAGACGAAGCACGCCGAGCAGCCAGCUUAGCACGCGAAACUUGGUAUGAUUCUAUAGCUCAAGAACUGACUUCUGGCGGAUUUCUAGUUCUGGCUCAUCUCUUCGAUGGUGAAGAACCAGUCCCAGCGUAUUUGCCUGGACCUUGGGUGCCGCACCCGUUGCGCCAAAGCUUGCGCAAAGGUUCGAAGGUGUCUGUCCGAGUGGUUGAUGUUGAUGCAGCAGCCGGUAGAAUUCUCGCGAAGGUGCAGAAAGAGCGAGAUCAGGCUUCAGCGACCCUCCCGUCCUUCGGCUUCAAAGCCAGUUGUAAUGUCAACGGCUUGCCUCCCCUAGACAAGCCUUUGCAUCAGAUUUAUGGUCGUAGAUGGACCACAGAGACCAAGCGCUACCUCCAUGUGCACAAGGAACGCCGAUGGCUUGCCCUGAAGCACAAGCAUCAGUUCUUAGACUUCUCCCCUCAAGAAAGGGUUGAGCUGCGCCGCUACUUCGAUGAGCUUGCGGGGGUGAACGGUAGAAUCAGCCUUGAGCAGCUCGAGACCAUGCUGAUUUCACUGGGUCUUGCAGAGAACCCGAGGGAAGUUCGGUUCUUGGCAUCGCAAGUGGACGAUCUGAAAGUAGGGGAGCUGGACUUCGAACAGUUCCUGGAGCUCGUGCUCCGCAGGGGAGACUCGAAUCUGGUGAGCGUCUUUAUGCAAAUGGCCACGGGAAAGCUGGGGAACUCGAACCUUAAUUUCAAGACACUGAUCUCUGCAUAUCGCCGCCAGCUUUUCCUGGAUGCCUCUGGAGCCGGCACCACCGGCCGCCAGCAGCUGGGAGGCAAGGUGCUGCAGAGUUUCGCCGAUUUGCAGCGGUGCAGAUGGGAGGAAAAGAUGGCAGCUCUUGACACGGAGGCGCAGGCCGUCGGCAUUGAAGAUCCCGACUUCAACGUGAAUGGCCAUGCCCCUGUUGGCGGACUGGAGAUGAUCUGGCGAGGGGUUUGUGCGGAAAACGACCUGUGGCCGGCUCGCCCCAUCGCCGAAGACGGCCGGAAGAAACGGCUGCUGACCAAGCCGCCUUCUCCACGGGAUAUCCUUCGAGCCAUCCAGAAAGACUCUCCCAAACGGAAGACACUGGUCGGCAAGCACAACACCAUCUUCGUGAAUGCACCCUCGGCGUCGGAGGGUCAGCUCCGGCGAGAAGAAGUAUCGGCCUGUGAAAAGAGACUGUCGUCGCUCAAAGACAAUACACAGGAGCUGAGGCGUUCUCUCGGCGAGGAGCGAGAUUCAGCACAGAAGACCGAGACGAGGCUUCGCGAGCAGGUUGGCCGGAAGACUCGGUACGAACAGGAGCUGUCGUCGCUGAGGGACCAGCUGGACAAGCUGCGAAAGGAAGGCAUGGAGUUGCAGGAGCAAAACCAGGAAAAAGUAAAGGAGGUGAAACAGCUCCAAGAAAGGCUCUUAUGCGAGCAAGAAAAGCAUCGCAGCGAACUUCAAGCAGCGGAGACCUGCAGAGCUCAUACGAAGCGCCUGGAGGCUGAGCUGACCGGCGCAGAGGGUGCCAAGGCAGAUGUGAAGCUGGAGCUCGCAAACUUGAGGAAGCUUGAAGUGCGACUAAGUGCGACAUUGGUUAGAAGAUCGGCACAAGCGAUUGAUGCCGCAGCACUCGGGUCUCGACGUAUGGUGGCGACUGCACGGCGGAGAAUUCCAGCGUCAUGCUUCCUCCUGGUGCAUGUCGUGGUGCCCGAAGUCUCGAAGGCUGAAUCGGGCCCCCGAGUGUCCUGCAGCCCACUGUGCUCCAAUGGUGACCAGCCAGCUUUGGGUCGGGUGGAAUCCUUGGAAGCUUUGGCCCAGCUGCAUGACACGAUUCUUCGAAAGGAUUGGCCCAGUGCAGUCUUCGAAGCAGGUUUUAGCCUUGAACUGAGAGCAUUCGUUGUGGCAUUGCAAGAGCUUUCCGAUGCGAACACAGCUCCGUUCACAUGCGAGGCAUCGCAUUGCAGCAGCCUCGCGCUACUGGAUGCUCUCCGUUUAUCUCUGCAGGAGGGCAGUUUUGUGCCGACAGCAACUUCGGCACUAUUCCUGUUGCAUUCGCCCUCUAGCGAUGUCUGCUGUGGCGCACUGCGCGCAGCAGCAUACGUGGGCAGCGCAGAGGCACUGAGUCAGGCAACUUCUGCCCGCCUUGUUGGAUCUGGGUCUGAAGCGGAGGCAUUCUUCCGGAAGGGGCAAGAGAUGUACAUAAGCUGGCUUCAGUGGCUACAACACCACCGUAGCCACGAAGCAGCAGUACUUCUGCUCGAAGCAUUCCUUGCACCCGGAACGCUCGAGCUGUUUCAGAUACUUUGCCGCAGCACCUGUCGAUAUUCACAGCGACAGCAAGGUCUGUCAAGUGGCUGCCCACAUUCCAAGGCUUUGCAGGACAUAACUCGAAGAUGGAUGGCUUCCUUCGGCGACUCCUUCAGCUGCAAAGCAUGGUUGGAGCACAUGAAGUCAGAAUCCCUCUUGGCAGUGGAGUUCUCCACUCCCGGAGCGCUUGAAAGUGUCUGCCUCAUGGAUGCUCUCACGGCCUUGGACUCUGCGUGUGCAGAUGGCAUCAAGGCUAAGGCUCUGCUGUUGCCGACGGAAGGAGAGCCCAGCACUCGAUUGGCCAUGUCGCGUGAAUGGAGUCCUCGGAUCAGCUUCGAUGCAGCUCCGCUUCAUCACCUGAGGGAUGAUUGCGAAAUCCCCAUAAUGAUGCUGGACGUGCCACCGGGGAAGCAAAUGAAAAUUCUCCAGAGCAUGGGCCAGGUGCUGAGCCAAGGACGUGUUUUCGGGAUUCUUACUCGCCUGUACAAUCCUCAUCAUUGGCCGGCUGCAGAUGAUCCGUUGAGUGUGUAUGAGUUUUUGGUUUGGCAUGGCUAUCUGCCCGGGCCGCUUGACGAUCCGGAAAGCACUUACACCGCCGUCGGGACAGUUCAGCUUGAGGUAGCGACGGCCGGGGGAGCAACCGACAUUCCCAUAAUCGCUAUGCCGAGGCAGCUGCGGCGCGCUGCGCGUUCUGUUUCGCAUCCCGAGGUUGCAGAUGCCUUCACUUCUGCGCUCCGGCGAAGUUGUGUAGCAGCGCAAGACCACCGCCCCAAUAGUUGGGUGGAGGUAGAUGUAGAAGAAGUCCUGAAGAGGGUGCGGCGAAUCGCAGUCCAAGUGUCCUUACCCGAGCCAACUCAAUCUCGACGCCUCAGUGCCAUGUUGGCCUCGGAUGCCUUCAAUCACGACGUCCUUCUGACGGGCUUGUCACUGGCUUCCUCGCCACAUGUAGUUGCCUUGUUCGUGGAGAGCAUGGAGCUAGCGCUUCAUUUGACUAAGAAUUUGCCCUUGGUCAGAACGAGGCCCAAACGGCAGCCACAGGUGGUGCUUUUGCACCAACCUCCACCGAGCAAUCUAUGUAGCUUGGUGGAACAAGGCGUCGCCAUCGCGGUGCAGUCGUUCCGGUGGCUCCGGGCAGAUCACAACCGAUGCGAGCAUCCGGUGCAGAUCCACCUGGAAGUUGAUACGGGAAUUGGGCGAACGGGCUUGAGGCCUGGGAUUGCCAUGGCCGCGGUCUACUUCGUUUUGCAGCGCCCAAAUCGGUUCCUACUCCGAGGCAUCUACACCAAGCUUUGCUGUAUCAGGGACCUAGCUCUGACAGGAAAGGCCUUGAGACAGAUGUCCCGGAUCGAGGUUCGUGCGCAGGCAAUUUGUCAUGGAUACGGCAGGGCCCGGCACUUCGCAGUUCAAGUCGGUGGCGGGCUGGCAAGAUCGGAGGCUGCUCCUGUCGUUGCUGCUCUCCCACCGAGCUGGUGGAUACGAGUUGGCCAGGGUCUCUUCGGCGAUCCGGCUCUGGGCAACCUUGCACCGCUGGCCAUGACCUGGAAGACCUCGGUGUCAAGCACCGGCUGGCUGCCUGAGAACACGCGUCUGGGCUACUGCCCGCAGGGCACAGACUGCGAUGCGAACAGAACCCAACUGCUGACAGGAACUUAUGCAGCUAUCCUGCCCGUGGGCUUUGCUGAGUUCCAUGGAGAAGCGGUGUGGAGCCGUAGCGGGCUGAAGCUUCCUGUGUUGAAUUCGGCUGCGAGCACGACGAGCGUGGAAUCCCCGGAGCACGCGCCUUUGAAGAUUGGAGAAGAGGUGACGCUGUGUUCCAACUGUCCGUUAAACACCAUCCCUUGGAGCAUACCGCGCUUUCCCAAGACGGAUGCGCAGACCUUCAUCACGUGUUCCCCGGUGGUCUGGUAG